CCAAAAAAAAUCUGAUAAUCAUUAAUAUGUAAUAAAAUAAAAAUCUCAUUUCUUCUUCCUCUUCUGCCGAGUUAUCCCUAUCCCUGACUCUGUACAGAGUUGGCUCGGCUUCUUCUUCUCUCGACCUCCAAUGGCUUUGGCUUCGACGAGUCCCAUCACGAAAUCCCUUCUCAACCCUCAAACUCCCAAACCACUCUCCCCAAGUUCCAAUUUCAAUCUCCAUUCUCAUCUUCCUCACCUCCCCAAUCGCCGAAAACCCAUCUCCGCUGUCCACGCCGCCGACCCUUCGAAGCCAGCCAAAUCGACGUCUCAGACGGCUUCGAAUCCCUCCAAAUUAUGGACUAUCGACGGCUGGAAGAACAAGAAGGCUAUCCAGUUGCCUGAGUACCCGGAUCAGCUCGAGCUCGAUUCGGUCCUCAAAACCCUAGAGUCUUUCCCGCCGAUUGUCUUCGCUGGCGAGGCGAGGAGCCUAGAGGAGAAGCUUGGCCAGGCUGCCAUGGGGAAGGCGUUUCUGCUUCAGGGUGGGGAUUGUGCCGAGAGCUUCAAGGAAUUCAACGCCAAUAACAUUCGGGACACUUUCAGGGUUCUGCUUCAGAUGAGCGUUGUGCUUAUGUUCGGAGGCCAAAUGCCCAUUGUCAAGGUUGGAAGAAUGGCGGGUCAGUUUGCCAAGCCUAGAUCAGAUUCAUUUGAGGAUAGGGAUGGAGUGAAGCUUCCUAGCUAUAGAGGUGACAAUGUGAAUGGUGAUGCAUUUGAUGAAAAAUCGAGAAUUCCUGACCCUGAUCGAAUGAUUAGAGCCUAUACGCAAUCUGCUGCAACUUUAAAUCUUUUGAGGGCGUUUGCUACUGGAGGUUAUGCGGCUAUGCAGAGAGUGAACCACUGGAAUCUAGAUUUCACUGAUCACAGUGAGCAGGGGGAUAGAUACCGUGAACUGGCUCAUCGGGUUGAUGAGGCCCUUGGGUUCAUGGCAGCUGCUGGACUUACUCUUGACCACCCAAUUAUGACCACAACUGAAUUCUGGACGUCUCAUGAGUGCUUGCUUCUGCCUUACGAGCAAGCACUUACUAGGGAAGAUUCUACUUCUGGGCUUUACUAUGACUGCUCUGCUCACAUGGUUUGGGUUGGAGAACGGACCCGCCAACUAGAUGGCGCACAUGUUGAAUUUUUGAGGGGAGUUGCUAAUCCCCUCGGGGUCAAGGUGAGUGAUAAGAUGGAUCCAAAUGAACUUGUUAAGCUUGUGGACAUUUUAAACCCCAAUAACAAGCCAGGAAGAAUAACAGUGAUUGUGAGAAUGGGAGCUGAAAAUUUGAGAGUAAAGCUUCCUCAUCUUAUCAGGGCUGUUCGUAGAGCUGGUCAGAUUGUCACUUGGGUCAGUGAUCCCAUGCAUGGGAACACCAUCAAAGCACCUUGUGGACUCAAAACUCGAUCUUUUGAUGCAAUCAGGAAUGAGGUGAGAGCCUUCUUCGAUGUGCAUGAUCAAGAAGGAAGCUACCCUGGUGGUGUUCAUCUGGAGAUGACUGGGCAAAAUGUGACGGAGUGUGUUGGAGGCUCAAGAACUAUAACCUAUAAUGAUCUAGGCUCACGCUACCACACCCAUUGUGACCCAAGGCUCAAUGCCUCCCAGUCGCUGGAGCUCGCCUUCAAUAUCGCAGAGCGGCUGCGAAAGAGAAGGCUCGGAUUAGGGAACCCUCUGGCCUCAACUGGAUUGUAAGAUGUUACCGUUUUAAGUUUGUUGAUUUAUUUUAAAGUUGGUAACUUUUAUAUUGUACUUUGAGUUAUGUGGAUCCUUAUAGAGUUAAUCCAACCAUGAGUGUCUGUGAAAAAGGUUUCACCGCAUGAGAAAUUGGAAUAAACUUUAAGCCAGUUAAAACUGCAAGAUAGUUGAAGGAAUUUCAGUAUGUCUUCGCUGCUAUAUCUAUAUGCAUAAUAAGAUCUGGACUAUUUCUACAAUAUUAUGAAAGAGAGCCUAGUUCUAUAA